AUGGAUCUGCAUAGCAUGAGCUUAGUCGCUCGAGCGGACGGGGCAGACACUUUGCUGGAUCUUAUUGCGAAUCCCUUUCGCUCUGCAUUCACAGUUACAGCUAUUUGGGCCUCGUUAGGCACCUCGAUCGGCGUCACUAUCCUUCUCGCCCUCCUGUUUUCCCUCAUCCGACCCCGUCACUCGCUCGUCUAUGCGCCCAAAGUUAAACAUGCAGACCUCAAACAUGCGCCGCCUCCGGUAGGGAAGGGUCUCUUUGCCUGGCUCAAGCCAGUGAUCCACACACGGGAGGCUCAGCUGGUGGAAACGGUCGGAUUGGAUGCUGCGAUUUUCCUACGUUUCGUCAAGAUGUGUCGGAACAUCUUUAUCUUUCUCAGCAUCAUCGGAUGUCUUGUCAUGAUACCAGUGAACAUCACACAGAGCUCAAGCCCGAGUGACAAGUCGGAGUCUUCCACCUUCAACAUGAUGACCCCCUCAACAUCACCAACCCCACAGCCAUUUGGAGCCAAGUUAAACUACCGGGCUGUUCGAAACCUCCGGAGGCAGUAUUUCCAGAGUUCUGAGUACCAGAGGAGCUUACAUGCCCGUACUCUCAUGAUCACGGAUAUUCCUGUAGCUGAUCGUACCGACGAAGGAAUCCUACGCCUCACCGACGAAGUCAACCCCACGGCUGCUCUGCCACGUGCUUCCAUCGGCCGCAAUGUCAGAGACCUCCCCAAGAUCAUCAAAGAGCACGAGGAAGUUGUGCGAGAAUUGGAAUCUGUUCUCGCCAAAUACCUCAAAAAUCCGGACCGACUCCCCGCCAAAAGACCUAAAAUUCGUCCGCCUCGCUCACAGCGGAGUAAACAUCCAGAUGGCAAGGUUGAUGCGAUUGAUUAUCUGACUGUUCGGAUUCGGGUAUUAGAAGAGGAAAUCAAACACGGGCGAGCCUCGAUUGAUCGCCGAAAUGCCAUGUCCUACGGCUUUGCUAGUUGGGAAAACAUUGAGCACGCCCACGCGGUGGCAUGGAACUCUCGCAAGAAAAGCCCCAAAGGUACUACCAUUACUCUUGCGCCAAGGCCUAGCGAUCUUAUCUGGGAAAAUUUACCCCUCACAAAAUCGGCCCGCAAAUGGAAGCGAUUCAUUAAUUCCAUCUGGGUCACAUGUUUGACUCUCGUGUGGAUUGCUCCUAACGGUCUGAUUGCCGUCUUUUUGUCCAACUUGUCAAACUUGGGCCUUGUGUGGCCAGCAUUUCAGACCUCUUUGGAGGCCAAUCGAACUGUCUGGGCUGCUGUCCAGGGUAUUGCCUCUCCUGCGCUCACAUCGCUUGUGUAUCUAUUGCUUCCGAUCAUCUUCCGUCGACUUUCUAUCCAAGGUGGCAGCAAAACCAAAACAUCCCGAGAACGUCAUGUUCUUGGGCAUCUUUAUGCAUUCUUUGUUUUCAACAACCUUGUUGUAUUUUCACUCUUCUCCGCUGCCUGGGGAUUUGUGACGAUUGUGAUCGACAAGACCAACAAUCAUGAAGAUGCUUGGCAGGCCAUCGUGGAAAGUCGGUUGUAUGCCCAGAUGGUGAGUGCUUUGUGCACUGUGUCGCCGUUCUGGGUUACCUAUCUAUUGCAGCGCAACCUCGGUGCCGCUAUUGAUCUUGCCCAACUGGUUACAAUGGUGUGGGUAUGGUUUGCGAAAACAUUCCUUUCGCCAACCCCUCGACAAGCUAUUGAAUGGACUGCACCACCAGCUUUUGACUACGCUAGCUAUUACAAUUACUUUUUGUUCUAUGCGACUGUGGCAUUCUGCUUCGCUACUUUGCAGCCCAUCGUGCUCCCUGUGACAGCAUUGUACUUCGGAGUUGAUGCCAUUCUGAAGAAGUAUUUGUUGAUGUACGUGUUUGUGACCAAGAACGAGUCGGGAGGCUUAUAUUGGCGGGUCUUGUUCAAUCGCUUAAUCUUCGCCACCAUUCUCGCCAAUGUGGUUAUCGCCUUGGUUGCUAAGUCUCGCGGUACAUGGACUAUGGUGUUCUGUGUGGCCCCUCUCCCUUUCUUGAUGCUUGGAUUCAAGUUCUAUUGCAUGAAGACAUUCGACUCCGACUGCGAGUACUACAACCGCGCAAAUUUGACAGACGCCGAGGCAUUGGGUGUACAGAAGACCGACAAAAAGGCUGCAGAGCGCUUGAACUCCAAGUUCGGCCACCCCGCUUUGUACAAACCACUUUUGACUCCUAUGGUGCACGCCAAGGCCGCCGCAGCACUGAAGCAAAUCUACCAGGGCCGUCUGGAUCAUGGUGAUAUGGCCGGCGAGUACUCAGACGUUGCCAUGAACCCGAUGCUCCCAGCCCAACCUGGCAAGUCGUCUACCGACCCAUCACCCUUCGAGGUCGUGCCAGAAAAUCACCUGGAUUUCUCGUACUACAAGAACCGUGCCGAUUUCCGGGACGAAUUCGGCGGUGGUAUCUAUGGCCGGCCCGAGGACUUGAUGACAGAGCGUUCCCAUACCCCCCGCAGUCAUUUAGGAGGCGAAUGGUCACCUAGCUCAUCACGGGCCUCAUCACCUGCACCUUCACUCCCCUCAAUAGCGCCUUUGAGGAUGAACGAAGGCUACGAAAACUCCGAUCCAACAGGGUUAAUCCACCCGGCCUUCCGGGUUCCCCUGUCUCGAGGCGACAGUGGCACCUCGGUGCCGGGGCUCUACUCGCACGGGGACGAGGCCGAAUCCGGUCUUCUACGCCAUGCACAGGUCCCUGCACAGACAGAUCCCUCCAACCCGAUCGAUCGCUGGCGCACCCGUGGCUACGGUCCUGUUGAGCAAGAUGACGAGCCUCCGUAUACCUCUUAUGACGCAUACCGUGUCCAGCGAUAA